CCAGGUGUGCUCUGAACCACGGGUUUGGGCAGGGCAGGCAGCUGAGGAGGAGAGAGCACGCGGGCGGUGGCCAUGGCGUCACUGUCUCUCACCGGCGUGGCAGCAACCACGGCGAGGCCAAGCAGCAGCGGCGGGAGAGGGCGCCGUCUCAGGGUCGCCUCCAUGGCCACCCAGAAGGGCCAGAAGCCGACGCCGAAGACCGUCUCCUCCGGCACGAGAAGAUCGGGCGGCACGACGGUGUUCCCGCUGGGCGAGCCGGGGCCGCGUCCGGCGACGGCGAGCGGGAAGGCGCCGGUGAAGCUGCUGACGAACGUGGAGAAGCUGCGGCUGCUGACGAAGGCGGAGCGGGCGGGUCUGCUGUCGGCGGCGGAGCGGGCGGGGCUGUCUCUGUCGGCGGUGGAGCGGCUGGGCCUGCUGUCCAAGGCGGAGGAGCUGGGCGCGCUGUCGGCGGCCACGGACCCCGGCACGCCGGGGGCGCUGCUGGCGCUCGCGCUCCCGCUGCUGGCUGCGGGGCCCGCCGUGGUGUACCUCGUCCCCGAGGAGCAGGCGUGGCAGGUGGCGCUGCAGGCCGUCGCCGCGCUCGUCUGCGUCGUCGGAGGCGCCGCCGCCGUCGCCGCGUCCACCUUCGUGUCCAGGCUGCAGAGCUCGUCCGGCUGAACACGCGUGCAGGACUGCAGGUUGACUAGCGAGCAGAGGAGGCGUUUCGAUCUGGUUAAUAUGAACAGGCGAAGGUCUUACUUGGUGCUGCUCUGCUGUGUUACGACGAUGUAACAGUGAAGGGUGUAAGUAUGUGCAAUGCUGCAAUGUACUCGUAGAAAUCAAUGUACGUUUCUGUACUAGAACGCCGUGUGCCUUUUCUCGUUGUCUGGCCUUGCAUUUCCUUGAGUUUGCUCACUUACUUUUGUGUCAGCAAAGCCAACA